UUCUCGGUCUUGCAGCGAGCUCGACAUUCCCCCUAUUCCCCGCCAUUUUGCAGGACGCGUCUUCCCUUGUGUAUAGUCGCGAGGGGACUCUCGUAAUAUCGGCCAAAAGUUGUAAUUUUCCUAAUUAAGUGCUUGUCGUCAACCACAUCAUAGCAAAAAGCGAAGUACGGCUAUGAUCAAGACAGAAGAGUCACAAAUGCAAAAUACCACCGACGAUAGGGACCGUAGUAGAGAACGUGAUCGUAACCGAAGAUCUGAUAGACCACCACGAAUGAAUUCGACAAGCAGAGAUCGUAGCCGGGAGCGAAACGAUCGCGGGGGUAGAAAGGUCUCCGAUCGGCGUAUUUACGUUUCCAACAUUCCCUAUGAUUUCCGAUGGCAGGAUUUAAAGGACUUGUUCAGAACAGAAGUUGGAAAGGUUGCUCACGUAGAGUUAUUUAUGGACGAAAACGACAAGCCCAGAGGAUGUGGUAUCGUUGAAUUCGAAGAGGCCGAUUCAGUUAAACUAGCUGUUGAUAAAAUGCACCGAUUUGAUAUCAAGGGCAGAAAACUGGUCGUUAAAGAAGACUAUGAUGUAGAGCGGGAUAAAUAUGGUCGAUUAGCUUCCACCCGUAACAAUGAUCGGGGGCGAGACGACAGAUUUCGGGAUGCUCCAAGAUCUGGAAAUGUUGGUCGACAAAAUAUGCCAACACCUGGUGGAGGUGGCGGCGGUGGCGGUGGGGGUGUUGGUGAUGUCAAAUUUGGAAACACAUAUGGUCUCAGUACUCAAUUCUUGGAGUCUCUGGGAAUAUCAGGCCCCUUGGUUACAAGGGUUUUUGUGGCGAAUCUUGAUUACAAAGUUGAUGAAAAAAAGUUGUUAGAAGUGUUCAAAUUAGCAGGUAAAGUACUACAUGUUGAGCUUGGCAAAGACAAAGAUGGGAAAUCUCGUGGAUUUGGAGUUGUAGAAUAUGAUCAUCCUGUUGAAUCAGUCCAAGCCAUUUCUAUGCUCCAUAACCAACAGCUCUUCGAUCGUCGUAUGACUGUGAGACUCGACCGAGCUAAUGAACCUGAUAUGCCUCCUAAACUCCCAGAGGGUUUGAAAGGAAUUGGUAUGGGGCUUGGUGCUGGUGGUAAUCGAUUGAUGGAUGUAGCUAGGAAUAUCCCAAAUGUACAGCCGCACAAUCCCCCUCCAGUCAGCCCCAUUUCAGCACCAGUUCUUGCCAGUGGAGCUUUCGGUGCUGGAUUAAAUAACGUACCUGCACAGCUGGCAUCCGCACUUUCGAACUCGAAUGCAGCUGCACUUCAGGCGAGCCUAGCAGGUGGUCUAGGAGCUAACCUAGCUGCAAGUUCACUGUUAAAUUCGUCCCUCACAAAUGAAUUAGCGUCAAAUCUAAAUAAUUUCGGAGGAGGUGUGGGAGGACUAUCCAGUCUGCAGGCUUCCCUCGCGAACGCACAAGGAAAUAAUGCCUUUGCGCCUAGAGGAAUGGGAAAACUCGACAAUGACGUAGGAUUUGGUGGUAAUAAUGCUUUUGGUGGUUCAAAUUUUGGGAAUAGAGAUUUUGAUGGAAACUUCAGAGGCGAUAGCGACCGUAUUUCUGUAGGAACUGCAGUGUUUACCACAAAUCAAACCCAGAGCGGAGGUGGCAAUCGGCAAAACACAAACGGUGGAAGAAAUUCUGAUACAAUCUUGAUCGGAAAUUUACCCCCUACUACAACGUGGCAAAUGUUGAGAGACAAAUUCCAAGACGUUGGUGAAGUCAAAUUCGCCGAGAUGCGAGGUUCUGACGUGGGAUUGGUGAGAUUCGCAUCUGAAUGGGAAGCUGAGAGAGCUGUCUCAUUGAUGGACCGGGCGCGCAUUGAUGGCCGAAACAUCGACGUUCGCCUCUACUAAAUGUCCGCACACCAAGGUAAACCUCAAAAAACUUCCACUGAGUACGAAAUUGUUUUUAAACAAUUUACUACAAGUACGGUAGGGUCGUGUAACAUUGGGUAAAUUGGGUUGGUUUUGAUGACGAAGAUUGGUGUUUCAUCCGGUUUGUAGGAGCCAAGUAUUCUAGUCGCGGUAAUGACUCUGUCUUUGAGAAAGUAACACAACUUCUUGAAAAAUUCGAUCAUCGUUGAUUAGUUUCCCGGACAGUCGAGGGGGUCGUUUUUCAAUGAUGUAAUUCUACAAUUGUGGAUGUAUUUUUACCGUGAUUACAUUAGAACAUGUAUGUUUAAGACAUUAUCCAGAUUGGUUCAACUUUUAAUCGUUUUCUCAGUCACCGACAGAAUUAGUUGUUAGUUGUAGGUCCAUGCCGUCUAUUUAGGUCAUAGCUUUCAUUUCACAGGUUACUAUUUAUAGUAAUACAAAUUAGUACAUAAGUUAUUUGUUAGUUCAAUGACGAGAGAGAUUGCAAUCCGACUUAGGGUGUCCCGUUCUGACGAAAUAUCCGAUGUAUAAUACUGCUUAUUCAGAGAAAUAAUGUUUUCACAAUGCCAGAGAGAUCCAGGACCACUUCAGCACAUUAGUCCAAUCAUUCAAGUUUUGUCGGUGGAUGUUGCUGUUUAUUUACUUGAUCAAUGAGGUUGUUGUAUUUGUAAAUAUUUCUUCCAUAAAUCAAAGCAACAAUCUUGCAGAGUCUGCUGAUUAAUCGAUAAAAAGCAAUUUAUAAGGCAUGUAGCUCGAUAUUCAUAAAUGGUUUCCACGCUCUAGAGAUCUGUUGUGAGUGAUAUGAUCUAUUCUGGCUCAAGUGGUAGCAGCAUUCGGUCCCAAAAUCUGAUGGCUGUUUCGUAAUUUCGUUGGAUUGUGUUCUUGUAGUAUACGGGGUUGAGAUUAUAAUUAUCUGUUUAAUUUGAGGUGGUCCAUUGCGGUUCACUCGUUUUCAGGUUUUGGUGGAUUGGUCAUCAGAACUGCGAGCAUCACAUUACGUUUAUUUCAUACUCUGCAGUAUUGCUCAUAUUUUUAUGAAACUGACGAUCAAUGACGUUUGCCAAAAAAUAUCACGUUUUUAACGAGUAAUUCUUAAGUGUAGAUGUUCGUAAAAGAAUAUAGAGUUAAUAACAAUUAAGUCCAUGACUGAUCGAGGAUGUCAUCGUCGGUAGCUAUGAUUAUUUUUUGGUAAACUUUUUUCUUUCUCGUCACUCAGAGCUCGAGGAAUAUUCUGUGCAUUGUAUGACUUUCUUGUGUAACAACAACUUCAUUGUCGUAAUUGAAUAAAAUUCAACUGCAACUUUA